GAAUUUGGAGUCCGGCCCCUGGAGCCGCGACCUACCGACCCGGCGCGGCCGAGGGUGAUGGGCGUGGCCGGGGCGGUGCUUGCCAGGAAAUGGCGGCGGUCGCAGUAAACGGCGCCAAGCGGAGCCUGCGGUCGGAGCUGAAGCAGCGCUUGAGGGCCUUGAGCGCGGAGGAACGGCAGCGCCAGUCUUACCUCCUCACACAGAAGGUGAUUGCCCACAGUCAGUAUCGAAAUUCCAAAAGAAUUUCCAUCUUUCUGAGCAUGCAAGAUGAAAUUGAGACAGAAGAAAUCAUCAAGGACAUUUUCAAACAAGGCAAAAUCUGCUUCAUCCCUCGAUACCAAUUCCAGAGCAAUCACAUGGACAUGGUGAGAUUAACGUCCCCUGAAGAAAUCGCUUUACUUCCCACGACGUCUUGGAAUAUUCAUCAGCCUGGUGAGGGAGAUGUUCGGGAGGAGGCCUUAUCUACUGGUGGACUUGACCUCAUCUUCCUUCCUGGCCUCGGGUUUGACAAAGAUGGCAACCGGCUGGGGCGGGGUAAGGGAUACUAUGACACCUACCUGAAGCGUUGUGUACAGCAUCAGGAAGUGAAGCCCUACACCAUGGCUUUGGCUUUUAAAGAGCAGAUCUGUUCCCACGUCCCAGUGGAUGAGCAUGACAUGAAGGUAGAUGAAGUCCUUUACGAAGACUCCCCAGCAUCUUAAGUUACUAUUCUGUACCAGUGUAAAGAAAAUAUGUAUAUUUUCCUCUUGUCAAAAAUGACUCAAAAUGUCACAUUAAAGUGAAUAUGUAUUGUGAUUUUUAGUGUAAAAAUAAAAUAAUAUGAAAUCCUCUUUAGAAA